UCCGGAGAGCCCGCGGCCGCGGCCAUAGAGCGGCGGAAGCGCGGGCAGAGCGUCCCGCCCGCAGGACAGCACCAUGGCCUCCCGCGGGGGUCCCCGCGCCCCCGGCACCGACGGCAGCGACUUCCAGCACCGGGAGCGCGUGGCCUCGCACUACCAGAUGAGCGUGACCCUCAAGUCGGAGAUCAAGAAGCUGAUCUACACGCACGUGGUCAUCUGGCUGCUGCUGCUGGCCCAGAUGUGCGUGGGGCACCUCAAACUUCUGCCCCACGACCAGGUGGCCAUGCCCUACCAAUGGGAGUACCCCUACCUGCUCAGCAUCCUGCCCUCCCUCCUGGGCCUGCUCUCCUUCCCCCGCAACAACAUCAGCUACCUGGUGCUCUCCAUGAUCAGCACCGGCCUCUUCUCCGUGGCUCCCCUCAUCUACGGGGCCAUGGAGAUGUUCCCCAUGGCGCAGCAGCUCUACCGCCAUGGCAAAGCUUACCGCUUCAUCUUUGGCUUCUCGGCCGUCUCCGUCAUGUAUCUGGUGGUGGUGGUGGCCGCGCAGGUCCAUGGCUGGCAGCUCUACUAUAGCAAGAAGCUACUGGACUCCUGGUUCACUAGCACGCAGGAAAAGAAGAAGAAAUGAGUGGGAAUGGGUGGGCUCCGUGAAGUGCUGAAGCUCUGCAGCUCAGUCCUGUGGGGCGGCGCUGGCGCGGCUCCGGUGGGUGGGGGGCCCCCGGGGACCAAGCUGUGGGUGUCUGAGCCACGCCACGGCCCCGGGCUCGCACGUAACGGGGAGGGGGGGAAUCCCCGAGGGCUGGGGCUGUGGAGGGUUCCCUGGGGUACGUUCCCCUUCGUCUGCGUGUUGCUCUAUGGAAAUAAAGCACCGUCCGCGCUCCCA